AUGGGAAGCACAAAUCCCUUGCCCACCUCUGAUCCACACAAUCCCUCCAUCCAACAUUGGGAAAAUGGAUUGGUACUCUACUCCAACUUCAUCUCGGCUGAAGAAGAAGCCGACAUCAUCGCAUCGAUCCAGAAAGAUGAUCGUUGGUGCGGAAUCGGUAAGCGACAAACGAUGCAUUAUGGUGCGCAUUUCGAUUACACCACUUUCUGCGCUUCGGAUGCGUGGACGGAUGUCCCAGAUUGGAUUGAGGAGUUGGUGGGGAGGUUGCCGUUUAAGGAGGAGGGGGGGGGAAAGGGGAAGGUGGAUCAAUUCACGGUGCAGUAUUAUCCCCCUGGUACCGGUAUCCCGCCGCAUGUGGAUACGCAUUCGGCGUUUGGAGAGUAUUUGUAUAGUUUGAGUUUGGGGUCGGCGGUACCGAUGGGGUUUAAGAGGUGUGGAGUGAAUGAGGAGAGGAAGAUGAGGAGGCCGAAGAGGUCGUUGGGGGAAGUGAGUGGGGAUGUGAGGAGGAGGGAAAAGGCGGAAGAGGAUGGAGAGGAAAAGUGGGAGGUUUGGUUGAGGGAGAGGAGUUUGUUGGUUAUGAGGGGGGAGGCCAGGUAUGGGUUUGCGCAUGGGAUUAGGGGGAGGAAGUUUGAUGUUGAUGGGGAGGGGGAGGGGGAGGGGCUGAAGAGGAGGAGGGAGGGCAGAUGGAGUCUCACGAUGAGGAGUGUGAAAAGGGGUGCAGAGAUGGGGUGUUCGUGUGCGUUUCCGGGGGUUUGUGAUGCGAGGAUCAGGGAGGAGAGGGAGGAGAGGGAGGAGAGGGAGGAGAGGGAGGAGAGGGAGGAGAGGGAGGAGAGGGAGGAGAGGGAGGAAGAUAGCGAAAUUCAGAAACCAGCUGAAAGUAUACCUGAACUUCCACCUAAAUAA